AUGUCCGCCCCGGGCGGCGCGUCGUGCCUGUCCUUCGGCCGUCGCGCUCCCCCCCCCGCCGCCGCCGCUCCCGCGGGCGACCGCGAUCCGCCUCGACCGUCCCCAUCCCUCGCCGCCUCCUCCGCCUCCUCCUGCGCGGACGGGGCUCCCAAACCGCGGACGGCCGGCCUCGAAGCGGACGACGACAAGAGGGCGGACGGGAACGGCGACGACGCCGAGCUUCGCGAGAUCCUCGCGCUCGCGGGCAUCAAACUCGACGACGAACCGAGGGACCUGUUCGCCCCCGAUGUCCUCCGGCGCGUCGGAGAGGACGCCGCCGCGCCGGUGGACCCGCGCGUCGCCUCCGCGGUCGACGCCCUCCACCGGCGUUGCUUCCCCGAGGGCGAAGACGGGGCGCCGCCCUCGUGGUGGCGACCGGGGUGGGGCGACGACGUCUUCCCGCCGAACGACCCGCCGAGCUCCGUCGAUCCCGCGAACGGCGAGGAGACGGCCGGCGAGACGAACGGAACGCGAGACGGAACACGCGUGCCCUUCGAGGACGACGACCCGGCGGACGACUGGCACAAGCGCGUCGGCGCAGCGUUGCGCGACCUGGCCGCCCUCAACGACUCCCACCGAGCCGAACCCUCCGCCUCUCCCCCCGCCUCCGCCUCACCCCAAGCCUCCACCGCCACGGGGCGCGACCUGGACCGGAUGCUCGGCGCGUGCAAGGUGGUCCUCGCGUGGUACGCUGGCGUCCUCGACGAAGGACACAGCUGUGUGCCGACGCCGCCGCUGGGCACGCACGUCAUACGCCGGCGAUCCAUCGGAGACACCGACGAUUUGGACGACGCGCACAGAGCCCACAUGGCGAACCUGGCGUCGACGUGGAAACCCGGCGAUCCGCAACCCUUCUCCCCGGGUUUGCCCACGUCGCUGUACAUCCAGGACCAGUGCUCGUACCACUACGACCGUGUUCGAACCGCGGAUCACUUCCUCGACGGGACGAAGCAGCGGGUGCGAGCCAGCGUGAAGGUUGUCAUCGCGCCGCGGGUGACGUCGGGUGGGGCGACGAACGUGGUGGUGGACCUGUCAAACGCGCCGCCGCCGAUGCCGCCGCCGCGCCCUCGCGUGGGCCUCCAGCCCAAGUCGUUCUUCGACGAUCCGAGCGAUCCGGACUGGUGCAGGGAUUGCGUGUGCUUCGUCGAACUGGGCGGCGCGUCCGGGCACCCCGAUUUCCUCAGGCGUCUCAGGGGCAAGGGCGCCAACCCGAGCGUUCAGGAGUCGGGAACGGAGACGGAAGUGUACGAGUUCACCCCCCCCGGCGUGCUGGUCGGGGAUUUCCUGAGGGGACCCGACGACUGCCAAGCGGUGCCGUGGGGCCGAUGUACAGUCGAGUGCAAGUCCACCGGUUUGCGCGCGACGCUCGACUGCGGCGUCGGGGAGGCCGAGUACAUCCGCGUGGGCGCCGUGUCCGGGGCGAUCAAACGGGACGGAACCAACGUCGCGAUGGUCCUCGGCAACCUUCGAGGCGUGGGCUUCCACGUGGCGCGUCUCGAUUCGCCCCCCGGUACCGACGCGCCCCCCCCGACCGUCGCCGAGGUGAUUCCACCCGACCCGACCAAGGCUGGCGAGAUCCCGCGGGGUUUCCGCGGGCUCUACGUCCCGGGAGGGUACGCCAACCGAAGGCUGUGGCACGCGUGCGCCGACGCCGCCAGGCGUAACGUGGACUGGGACGUGGAGCACGAGGGCGAUGUGGACCAACGCAUUCACGCGUACGCUUUGUUUCAGAUGAAGCAGCACUGGCAGAGGCUCGAGGCGGCGAAGGUGCCGCUGUUUUUGAGUACCGGGAUCAAGGGACGGGAGAUGCGGUACGAGUUCGCGUGCGUCGUGGCGGACUCGCCGGGGCCCGAUCAGGAGCCGCCGCUGCCGAGGUUUUGGGAGGACAGGAAGGCGCCGCCGCUGGUGGACCCGGAGCCCGACGGACUCUUCAAUCACCCCGCCGCCGCACCCAAAGGGUGA